AUGGCGGUCAUUUCGCGUCUCAGUCAGCUCACGGCGGACCAAAAGCGCAUGUGCGACGACCUCCUUGCUGUCCUCAUCCACCGCAAUCAUCCCAUCGACUCCCCUACCUUAGACGAGGUUCGUGAUGAGUUCUGGACCAGAGUGUUCACGUCCAACUGGACCACCAGCGAUCCCAACAUUGCCCCUGCCCAGCUCCGCAAGCGCACCAACGACGAAAGCGCCCUCAUCAUCGGCACCCUCAACCAGAACGUCCCCAAGAACGGCAACAUCCCGGGGUACCGCCGCGCCGGCCAGCCUGUGCUACUCAAGGUCAGCAUGAAAAUCGACCCUCACUUGGACGUGGCCGUGGCCAGCUUCUUCUGGGUCGACCAGCAGGGCCACCGCGGAUCCGAGCUUUCCAACGCCUCCAUUGACAUCGAGGGAGAUCUCACCCUCGCCGAGGCCAAGAUCGAGGUCGGCUUGCACUACGAUAUGAACGAGAAAGACCGUAUUGGCAACUGGAAUUGGUCCAAGAUUACCCACUGGGGUCGCGCGCGACUAAUCAACCUGGCUCAGGGCAACACCACUCUUGCCGGAGAGGAUGUAGAGGAGCUCAAGCCGGUGCGCUUGGUCCAGGAGCAUUGGAUGCACACGGAGGAGGAUGAUCAAAACUCUCCAAGCCAGGAUAGAGCUCAAGAUGGUGUUGUCGAGGUUUAG